AGAGAGGCUGGUGGGUGUGGUGUGGCUGGCUGUAGUAGUGCUUUGCUGUCCGAGAGUAAAGAGUAAGCCUCUUUCUCACUCUCUAAUCUAUUUGUGAACUAGGUUUUGGUUGCAGAGACAUGGGAGAAAGGAUUCCGUGUGGGAGUGGCAUGUAUUUCCCCUUCCCUCCUCCGCCAUCUCCCAUUCGCCCUUCUUCUUCUUCUUCAGAUCGCGAUAGGUAUUUGGCCGAACUACUCGCUGAGAGGCAAAAGUUGGUACCCUUUCUCCAAGUUCUUCCACAAUCUACCAAACUCCUAACCCAAGAAAUCAGACGCAUGUCCGUUGGUGGCGGCGGCGGCGGCUUUAAUCAUGAGCCUGCAGCAGACACUCCUCCUCCAUAUUUUAGGCCUAUGGAUCUCGAGGGAUGGGCAAUUGAGGUGCAGCAGGACAAACCAAAUCCCCAAAGGAUGAUGGCUUGGCCUGCUCCUGUAGUCAAGAGAGUUAUCAGGCUUGAUGUCCCUGUAGACAAAUUUCCAAAUCAGUAUAAUUUUGUUGGCCGAAUUCUCGGACCUCGUGGGAACUCCUUGAAAAGAGUCGAAGCCAUGACUGAAUGUAGGGUUUACAUUCGGGGCUGUGGCUCUGUCAAGGAUUCUAUUAAGGAAGAAAAGCUUAAAGAGAAACCCGGAUAUGAGCACCUUAAAGAACCAUUGCAUGUGUUGGUGGAGGCAGAGUUUCCAGAGGAUAUAAUCAAUGCUCGCUUGGAUCAUGCAGUGGCAAUACUAGAGAAUCUUUUGAAGCCUGUGGAUGAAUCCCUUGAUCACUAUAAGAAGCAGCAAUUGAGGGAACUGGCUAUGCUCAAUGGUACUUUGAGGGAGGAAAGUCCAAGCAUGAGCCCAAGUAUGAGUCCAAGCAUGUCACCUUUUAACAGUACUGGAAUGAAACGAGCCAAGACAGGAAGAUGACCCUGAAAUGAUAGCAAACAUGAUCUCUUAGACUUUUCACACCCUUGGGCUCAAUCUCCACAGGAUGACACAUGGUUUACGCUUGACGCCUAUUCUUUUGGCCACUAGAACCUGACUGUCGCUUUGCUUAGUUAUAGUAUUAACUAUUUUGCAGGUGCUACUUGGUUAUGGUAGCGUACUCCUAGUUCAAUACCUUUUUUCCUUUCUUCUUUUUUAUUUAUUAUUUUGCAUUUAUCAAAUUAUUAAAUUAUAUACAUGCAUAUGCAUGGUAUUGACUCAAACUAAAUAAGCAGCAAAUGGAGAGUCUUUCAUUAUUGUGAUAUGAAUAUUUUUGGCAUCACUGUUCAA